CCCCUCACUAGCCAGAGGCCGCGGAGAGGAGCAAAGGGGGCGGGUGGAAUCCAAAUCAGGGUUCCUUCUUCACCUCUCCAACAGACACGGAUACUCCCACUUCUGUUCCUUCUCCCUAAACGCGCACCCCGCCCCGGGGCGUGCGCUCCAGCCCCUACACCCGCGCGCGGCAGGAGCGCGCCCGGCGCCAGGUCCGGCCAAAGGCGAUGCGUGCUGGGAACCCUGCAGCUGGGCUCGGGCGGGGAGAGUAGGGUCAGCGAGGAGGCGGGGAGGCUGCAGAGUUAGAGCAGAGGCCGCCUUCGCUCCAUCAACACCUGCUGCUGCCGCUGCGCCGCGAUGAGCCGCGUGGUCUCGCUGCUGCUGGGCGCCGCGCUGCUCUGCGGCCACGGAGCCUUCUGCCGUCGGGUGGUCAGCGGCCAAAAGGUGUGUUUUGCUGACUUGAAGCAUCCCUGCUACAAAAUGGCCUACUUCCAUGAACUGUCCAGCCGAGUGAGCUUUCAGGAGGCACGUCUGGCUUGUGAGAGUGAGGGGGGAGCCCUUCUCAGCCUUGAGAAUCAAACAGAACAGAAGCUAAUAGAAAGCAUGUUGCAAAACCUGACAAAACCAGGAACAGGGAUCUCUGAUGGUGAUUUCUGGAUCGGGCUUUGGAGAAAUGGAGAAGGGCAAGCAUCCGGUGGCUGCCCAGAUCUCUACCAAUGGUCUGAUGGAAGCAGUUCCCAGUACCGAAACUGGUAUACCGAUGAACCUUCCUGUGGGAGUGAAAAGUGUGUUGUGAUGUAUCAUCAACCGACAGCCAAUCCUGGCCUUGGCGGGCCCUACCUUUACCAGUGGAAUGACGACAGGUGCAACAUGAAGCACAAUUACAUCUGCAAGUAUGAACCAGAGAUUAAUCCAACAGCUCCUGCAGAAAAGACAUACUUUACAAACCAACCAGGAGAUGCCCAUCAAAAUGUGGUUGUUACUGAAGCAGGCAUAAUUCCCAAUCUAAUUUAUGUUGUUAUACCAACAAUCCCGCUGCUCUUAUUGAUACUGGUUGCUUUCGGAACCUGCUGUUUCCAGAUGGUACAUAAAAGUAAAGGAAGAACAAAAACUAGCCCAACUCAGUCCACACUGUGGAUUUCAAAAAGCAGCAGAAAAGAAAGCGGCAUGGAAGUAUAAUAAUUCAUUGACUUGGCUCCAGAAAAGAAAAUAGAGUUUUAUAAUUCUGGAUCUGUAUAAGGAAUGGCAUCAGAACCUUAGCUUGGAAUGGCUUGAAAUCUCAAAGGAUCUGCAAGAUGAACUGUAAGCUCCCCCUUGAGGCAAUUAUCAAAAUAAUUUUUAUAUGUUUAUUCUUUCAUUUACAAAAUAUGCUGUGCUAAUAAUGGAGUGAGACAUGCUUAUUUUGCUAAAGGAUGCACCAAAACUUCAAGCAAAUGGAAUGGACCAUGCAGAUAAAAUUGCCAUCACCAGAUCAGAAGUAUGGGUGUUGGAAGCAGUUAUUUUUGUUUCUUUCACCUUUCAUAAAUUGUAAUCUUGUUAAUGUAAUGUAAAUUGCAUUGAAAUUUACAGUUGUGCAAAAAUAUUUUACCUUUGCAUAAGUGUUUGAUAAAAAUGUACUGUUCUAAUAUUUAUUUUUAUGGUGUUUCAUUUUUCAAUACAUGCUCUUUUGAUUAAAGAAAUGUAUCGCUGUUGUCAACUGAAUUCAAACACAUAAACAUAUAACCAUAGAUGGAGUUUCUUUUCUAGAAAUGGUCAUCUUCUUUCAGUUUCUCUGCUUUUGGUGAGACUACAUUUAAGAAAUCUCUUCAGAAAUAAGAUGCUAGUUCAUUAACUGUCGUAUAAAUAUUUUUACUUAGAGGCAAGAAUUGUCUAAUUUCAAUUGUGCAAGACAUGUGCCUUACGAUUAUUUUUAGUUUAAAAUUCAACAGAUUUUGUAAUAAAGUAACUUUGUUAAUAGCUGUAUAAACAAUACUACACUCAAUCUAGAACAAAAGAAGUGGCAUAGACAAUAUAAACCAUUUGUCUUCACAUGUUGCCUGUAUAAUCACUCUCUGAGGGUUCUGGAAUCAAUUUGGUCCCUCCUUUGCCCACAAAACAAAGAUGGCUGUUUGGUAUCUGGGAUUGACCCUGGAGGCAGAUAGCUGCCAAAUUUGCCUAAAGUUUUUUCUAGCUAUGUUUAGCCUCUAUUAGCAUAUAAAGGGGAUUUACAGUUGGGACAGGGAGUGGUCACCAUCAGUGUGGAGGUGAGCAUAGCACACUGACAUUUCAACAAGGAAAGAAACUAUGAAUUAGUGUGGAAGUGGGUUGGAGGGCAUCAGUGAUCUAUGUUCCUUGAUGAGGGUUUGGCUGGGAGAGUAAACUGGGGCUCCUCUCUGUCUUAUCUCCUGGUUUCUUCAAUGCUUGUGGCUCCUUCUUCUCAAGAGAGAGUUGUAACUAUCUGGUUUUCAAAUGUCCCUGUGCUCCUUUUA